AUGGUGGCGGGCGGUGCGCUGUGCGGCUCACAGGACUGGAACCAGACAUGGUAUACAAACACCCCAAGAUUUACCUGGUGCUUUGAGAGUACAGUCAUUGCUUGGAUCCCUUGUGCCUAUCUUUGGAUCUGUUUUCCUUUCUACUAUUUGUAUCUUCGACACAAAAACAAAGGCUAUAUCAGGAUGUCCCACAUCUUCAAAACCAAAAUGGUCCUUGGAUUCAUCCUGGUAAUACUGUGUUUUUCUAAAGUCUUCUUUGUACUGUGGGAAAUAAGCCAAGGAAUCCCACGGGCUCCAGCAUUCCUCAUUAGCCCUGCCGUGGUGGGAAUCACAAUGAUCCUUGCCAUGUUCCUUACCCAGGUGGAAAGAAUGAUGGGCAUCCAGUCUUCAGGCAUCCUGUUGAUUUACUGGCUGCUCUCAUUCAUGGCUGCAGUUGUGAUGUUUAGUUCCAAAGUCCAACAUGCCCUGGAAAGAGGCUUCCUGGAAGACCAUUUCCACCACGUUACAACUUACCUUUAUGUUAGCCUGGUGCUAGGAGAACUUGUGUUAUUCUGCUUAGUUGAUCACCCUCCCUUCUUCUCUAAAGCUGUCAACAAUCCUAAUCAGUGUCCAGAAGCCAGCACCUCUUUUCUUUCCAAAAUCACAUACUGGUGGUUCUCUGGGCUUCUCUGGAAAGGCUGUCAGCAGUCCUUGGGGGUGGAUGACUUGUGGGCAGUGAGGAAAGAGGACUCCUCUGAAGAAAUUGUUGCCUGGGCCGAAAGAGAAUGGAAGAAGUGUCAUAGCAGAACCCAGCAAAAAAUGGAGUCUGCUGCAUUUAAAAAGGAUCAGAAGAGUGAAACUGGCGUAGCAGAAGCUGAAGAGACAGAGGUUCUACUGCAAUCAGAGCACAGUCAGAGCGGGCCCUUACUGAAAGCAUUUUGGAGCAUGUUUGGAACCUAUUUCCUCCUCAGCACUGUCUGCUUAGUUAUCUGUGAUGUCUUCUUGUUCUCCAUCCCAAAGUUACUGAGCCUUUUCCUGGAGUUCAUUGAAGAUCAAGAAGCAGCUAGCUGGCAUGGUUAUUUCUAUGCCUUCGCUAUGUUCCUUUUGGCUUGUCUCCAGACUCUGUUUGAACAACGAUAUAUGUACAUGUGUCUUGUUCUGGGGUUGAGACUGAAAACUGCAGUAACAGGGCUUGUGUACAGGAAGAUCCUAGUUAUGUCAAAUGCAUCAAGGAAAGCAGCAACAAUAGGUGAAAUUGUUAAUCUGGUAUCUGUUGAUGUCCAAAAGCUAAUGGAUCUGAUUAUCUAUUUUAAUGGGACAUGGCUUGCUCCUGUUCGGAUUAUCAUCUGCUUUGUCUUCUUGUGGCAGCUUCUUGGGCCAUCUGCCUUGACUUCGAUUGCUGUAUUCCUUUUUCUUUUGCCUCUGAAUUUCGUGAUCACCAAGAAGAGGAGUCAGUUUCAGGAGACCCAGAUGAAACAUAAAGAUGAGCGGGCCAAACUCACCAAUGCCAUUUUCAGCGACAUUAAAGUAAUCAAACUGUAUGGCUGGGAGAAAACCUUCAUGGAGAAAGUGCUUGGUAUCCGGAAGCAAGAACUUCAGGCCCUAAAAAGAUCUCAGAUUCUCUUCUCAGCAUCUCUAGCUUCUUUCCAUUCAUCAACUUUCCUGAUUGCAUUUGUCAUGUUUGCUGUCUACACCCUGGUGGAUAACACACACAUCCUGGAUGCUCAGAAGGCCUUUGUAUCUUUAACACUGAUCAACAUUCUCAACACUGCGUACUCCUUCCUGCCGUUCUCCAUAAAUGCUGCUGUCCAGGCCAAAGUUUCUUUAAGCCGCUUAGCAGCUUUUCUGAAUCUGGAAGAACUGAAUCCUGAGAGCUCAAGCAGAAACACUUCUGACUGUGUACAGGCAAGUAUCACCAUAAGAAAUGGGACUUUUUGCUGGAGCAAAGAAACUUCUCCUUGUCUUAGAAGGAUAGAUCUUACCGUGCCCCGAGGCUCCUUGCUUGCUGUAGUUGGCCAGGUGGGUGCUGGAAAGUCCUCCUUGCUGUCAGCGUUACUUGGUGAGCUGGAGAAGACGGACGGCUGCGUGACCAUGAAGGACACCGCAGCUUAUGUCCCCCAGCAAGCUUGGAUACAAAACGCUUCAGUGGAAGAUAAUAUUCUCUUUGGGAAAGAGAUGAAUGAAACAUGGUUCAAUAGAGUGAUAGACGCUUGUGCACUGCAACCUGAUUUGGAGAGCUUCCCUGCAGGGCAGAAGAGUGAAAUAGGAGAGAAGGGAAUAAAUAUAUCUGGAGGGCAGAAGCAAAGAGUGAACCUUGCUCGUGCCGUGUACCAGAAGGCUUCAAUUUACCUACUCGAUGACCCCCUCUCAGCUGUUGAUGCCCAUGUUGGACAGCACAUUUUUGACCAUGUUCUUGGACCCAACGGCUUACUGAAGGACAAGCAGACUCGUGUGCUGGUGACUCACACAAUCAACGUUUUGCCUCAAGUGGACAACAUUGUUUUUCUGGUGGAUGGAACAAUCUCAGAAAUUGGUUCCUACCAAGAACUUCUACAGAGAAAUGGGGCCUUUGCAGAAUUUCUUCAUUCACACAUUACUGCAGAAGAGAAGGCAGGCACUGGUUUUCCAGGCUAUACAGGACAAAAUGGGAUUCUAAAGCAUUUAGGAAAAAACUGCAUUUAUUUCACAGCUAUAGGAGACACCAAAGGCACCAUCACCUCUAGAAAUGGUCCAUCACAGGAGAAGCUCUUUAGUGACAAUUCAGUCAGAUCUUCUGCUAUGGGAAGGGAGACCAGUCCUGUAAGUCAAGACUGUACCACUGCUGCAGCCAUCAAAGGAAGAUUAACCAAGGGAGAGAAAACUCAGCAUGGCAGGGUUAAUACUUCAAUUUAUGCAGCCUACCUGAAGGCGACAGGCUUACCACUGUGUGUGUACAUCAUUCUGUUGUUCACAUGUCAGCAAGCUGUGUCAUUUUCUCGUGGUUACUGGCUCAGCAUGUGGACAGAUGACCCUGUUCACAACGGGACACAAGAGCACACAGAGCUGAGAGUUGGAGUCUUUGGUGCACUAGGAGUGGUUCAAGCCCUUGGCAGAUUUGCCUCCACAGCAGCAGUCCUUCUAGGUGGCGUGUUAGCAUCGCACAAGCUGUUUCUGCAGUUGCUGAGGAAUGUUGCUAGAUCCCCAAUGGUCUUCUUUGAGCAAACGCCCAUUGGAAACUUGCUGAACCGCUUCUCCAGAGACAUGGAUGCUAUUGAUUCUGUCAUCCCUGACAAGCUGAAGUCCUUGCUGGGAUUCUUGUUCAACUUGCUGGAGAUCUACCUUGUGAUUAUAGUGGCUACACCAAGGGCAGCAAUGGCCAUCGUGCCCUUGACUGUUCUUUAUGCUGCAUUCCAGCACUUCUACGUCAUCACCUCCUGCCAGCUGAGACGCAUAGAGGCUGCCAGCAGGUCACCCAUCUACUCCCACAUUUCAGAAACUUUCCAAGGGAGCAGUGUGAUCCGUGCUUACAAGGACCAGGAGAGGUUUAUUUUGAAGAGCAAUUUUCUAGUGGAUGAGAAUCAGCGAAUAGGCUUCCCUGGAGCAGUUGCUGACAGGUGGCUUGCUACAAACCUGGAGUUUCUGGGUAAUGGCAUCGUGUUGUUUGCAGCACUGUUUGCAGCAAUGGGCAGAACACAUCUUAGUCCAGGAACUGCUGGCUUCUCCAUUUCAUAUGCUCUUCAGGUAACUGGUGUUCUGAACUGGAUGGUGCGCUCCUGGACAGAAAUAGAGAACAACAUUGUUUCUGUAGAGAGAGUGAGAGAAUACUUGAGGACUCCUAAGGAGGCACCCUGGACUCUGAAUGGCAAACUUCAAGGUCAAGUUUGGCUCACUGAAGGAAGAAUUGAAUUUAGAAACUAUAGUUUGCGAUACAGGCCAAAUUUGGAGUUAGCACUGAAGCAUGUCAAUCUAACCAUCAAUGGGCAUGAGAAGAUCGGCAUAACUGGAAGAACAGGAGCUGGGAAAUCUACUCUUGCUGUGGGAUUGCUGCGAUUAGUGGAAGCUGCGGAAGGAGCAAUCCUAAUUGACGGACUAGAUAUUGCUCAACUAGGUCUCCAUGACCUUAGAACCAAGAUAACUGUCAUUCCCCAGGAUCCAGUUUUGUUUUCUGGCUCUCUAAGAAUGAAUCUCGACCCAUUAAACCAAUACACUGAUGCAGACAUCUGGACAGCUUUGGAACUGACUCAGCUCAAGAACUUUGUUGCAGAUUUGCCAGAUCAGUUGGAAUAUAAGUGCACUGACCAAGGGGAAAACCUAAGCACUGGUCAGAAACAGCUGGUUUGUCUGGCCAGAGCACUUCUUCGGAAAGCCAAAAUCCUCAUUCUAGAUGAGGCCACAGCAGCAGUAGAUUUAGAAACUGAUCUUCAGAUUCAAUCCACCCUGAGGACUCAGUUCAAAGACAGCACAGUGUUAACAAUAGCUCACCGGAUAAACACCGUCAUGGACUGUGACAGGAUUUGUGUCUUGGAAAAUGGUCAGAUAGCUGAAUUUGACACUCUGGAACACUUAAUAGCUCAGAAGGGACUGUUCUACAGACUGAUGGAAGAAUCAGGCCUUGCGUGACUCAAUCACAGAGCAUACCAUAAUGCCACCACUAUCAGGAAUAAUUGAUCUCGUAAUUGAGUUGUUACCUUGGUUUCACUCUAAAAUGCCUGACACUCAACCAAAUCAUGUUUGAGCUAUAACCACAGUGAGUAGGUGAAAAGGGUGACUUGGGAUACACGUUAUUUCCGUAGGAAACUUAGCAAUUCCAUUUUCAUUAUGUUUCCAGAUACCAAAACCUCACCCUUUGUUGAAAAUGAGCCAGUCAGAACUUAAAUGCCAUGUUGCUUUUAUGGUGUAAAAGAAAACAUGCCAAAAGAAAAAGACCACAGCAUUUCCGAUUUAUACUAUAAAUGGAGCCUAAAUAUACUGCCAUACCUAAAGAUUACACAGAUUAUUUUUAAAAGCCAACAAGAUUUUAUGGACAGCAAGCAAGAAUUUAACUGGUAGCAAGCAAACUUAACUGUGUACAGCUUGUCCUAAGGUCCAGGCAGAACAAAUUUAGUCUUGUGCCAAUGUCUUAAGGACUGCUCACCUGAGUGCUGUUCUUACACAGAUGUGGACUCCAAGGCAGCAGCUGGAUCUAGUCACCCAAAGUGCACAAACACUGGGGGAAUAAGGAAGAGGAAGUGGGAUGCCCCUAAGCACAAGAGCAUACGGCUGCCUGUGGGCUGCCUGUUGUCACAGCUGGGGAUCAGAUCCACUCCAUCUCUUUCCAUGUCAGCUUUGGAGGGGCCCCGAGUGAAUCAUGCUGUGCAGAGGGCUGACAGACUGCCUGGAGGAAGAGAGCCAGCUUAGACACGGGCUUGCUGAUGCAGGAGAGAAUAACUUGGCUGGGAGUGGGCAGCAGAGCAUUGUUCCUUCUGCUUGAAGGCUUCGAGCAGCCCUGCUACCAAAUGCCAGUUGGUCACAGCGGAGCAUGUCCAAACACCGACACUAACAUUUCCAAAUUGAAUUUGGCCACAAUGAAUUUGUGCGGUGGAAACCGUCCUCCUCCGAUCCCUGCAGUGUGGCAGUCUGGCAGACUGGGAGAGUAGCAGGGACUCACCUGUCGACCUGGUGGUUCAUUCCUGGUUUUCUUCUUGAGUGCAAGUUUACCUCCUGCAUGUGCCACCCGGGCGCCGCAGAGCCUCUGGCAUGGUUAUCUUUCAGAUGUUACUUUAACAAACCAAAACGGCAGCUGAAAGCAAAGCCUUCCUGGGCUUCCCACAGUGCCGAGGAGCUGCGGUCAGAGCUGUCCCCAAGUCUCUCCUCAGGAAUCACAACAAGACAACGUGACAAACAAAUCAUACUGUGAGAUACUGCUGUUUACUGUGACUUUUGUUAAAGCACUUCAUUUUCUAGAA